UCAGGUUAUAUGUUAUGCGCUACAAGCGUUCUUGUUAUCAGCAAAAUCCGACUGUUCAUUUCACGGUAAUUGCUACAGUCACAAGGUUGGAGAUUCGUGGUGGAAAGAACGUUCGACUAUUUGCUUAAACUGUACUGAUGGAAAGAAAUACCACUGUGCAAGGGAUUAUGACAUGCCAGAUGUUUUUAAAGAGGGCUGUGCUUUUGAAAAGAUUUGUUUGGCAGGAGAAGAACCUCACCUUAGUUUCAAAGAAAGCGGCAAGACUGUUACAUAUCCAGUUGUUUAUUGUAGGACUUGUCAUGAAGACAAUACGUUUAACAGAAACAACAUAUCCUCUUCUAAAUACAUAACAUGUGAAAAAAAAUGGAACGAUUGCUCAAAGGGAAAACAUAAAAUACUAUGUAAACCUGAUGUACCUACUGAUGAUCGUUUCUGCCGAUGUGAUGCCAGGAAAGGAUACUAUCCAUUCAACUAUCCUGGCCCUGUUGAAAAAUGCAGCUAUGAAAACUAUGAUUGUAGAAAUUAUAAACAAUGUAAAGCUACGUCAAAUGGAAAACCUCAACAGUUACUUUUAGAUUACACUUGUGCACCAUAUUGCGACGAAGGUUUUGGUCGACUUGAUAACAACUCCGAUGAAUGUUUACCUAUUCCCAGUUCAUCAACAAUAAAGAUAUCCACCUCGUUAAGCACAUUGGCAGAAGGAAAAACUAAAGCCGUUUCUUCCAUUUACUCAACGACUGAAAGACAAAAGCCAGAGUUAAAGCCAACAUCUCCAGACAAUACAUCGUGUGAUUAUAAGGAUGGAAAACUGUUGGUAUCAUGGAAAACACCGUCAAAUACUCCAGUCAGGAUAUCACAUUACAUAGUAAAAUAUAGGAUUGGAAAUCAAUUGCUCAAAACAGAAAAGAUCAAUUCGACGCAAACAUCAUACUCGUUUUCUUCGUUAAAGCGUGGACAAAACCUACCGUUAUGGAUAUACGCAUAUAGUUUCAACAAUAUGAGCAACCAUAGCGACAAAGUCAUUUGUGUUAUUUCCAAAGAUGCGGACGGUAACAAUACCAGUGACGUUACCAGUAACAGUACCACGAUCGUUAUCAUAAGUGUAACAGUUGGGCUUAUCUUCUUAAUAUCUGUAGUUGUGAUUUUGUCUGUCCUCUAUUGUAAAUCAAGGACCGCACCAGUUCAAGACUCUCAGAUGCCACAACCAGCCCUAAAUCCUCUUGCUCCAGAUGAGCCAGCUGCACAGCCAAUGCUGCCAUUACAUCAGCCCGAGCCCGCACCAGUUCAAGUUCAGAUGCAACAGCUACCACUAAAUCCUCUUGCUCCAGAUGAGCCAGCUGCACAGCCAUUUCUGCCAUUACAUCUGCCUGAAAAGCAGCUAGUCUCAAAGGGAAGUAAAGACAAAGCAUCAUCAGCUAAUAAGCAAAAACGUGCACCUUUAUCUGAACAAGAGGAUGUUUCAACUCCAAAUUUGUUUAAAAAGCGGUCAUCAGAAAAGUAUAGCAAGGACGAUGACAAAUAUGGUGAAAGUGCUCCUUCAGUGGGUCCUUUAGACAAUGAUGAUUGUAAUCAGAAAGCAAAAGGAUUGUUCUCUGCGCCAGAUUAUAGACUAUUCAAGAACAGUGUUUUAAUGAAAAGCUUCUCGUCGUUAGUUGAGUUGAUGGAGCCGAAAUAUUUGAUUGAUGAAUUCACAUCAAAGGAUAUGUAUACACUAACUGUUAGAAGGGAUAUGACGGAGAAACAGGACACUUCAGAAAAAAACCGUUUCAUUUUGGAUAAGCUUCUACAGAAUAAUACCUAUUAUGACGAAUUUAAAGAAUGCCUAUCAAAAUUAAAACAGACCGGAUGCUUGGAUGUAAUUAAUGAAAAGGAGAUUUUGGUGCUCAAAGAAAUGCAGGCAACACAAAACAAAAAACUGACCCGCGGCAUGUCCGUUUCAGCUAAGCAUAGUGAUGAGAUUACAAACAGACAUGCACCUGAAGAUCCUUACGAAGAAGAAAGAGCAGUAAUUGCCAUACUAAAUGAUUUAGCAAAAGCGAAAGAUUUUCGGGAGUUCAGAUAUAGAAUAAAGAAAGUAAAGGAAAGGACCGAAGGAAAUGCAAGUCUAUUUGAAUGCCCGAACGACUGUGUGGCGACAUUAAAGUCACCGAAAAAUUACAGGAACUGUCCUGCUGGAUUCCAGUCAUACUAUUCUUCUGGAUAUGAAAUGUGCUGUUUGUACCAGUCUAUAAGUAGACUACUUUGCGGCAAAGAAAACUAUCAGCAUCGACUAAGAUUAAAAGCAACAUUACAUGCAUUUCAACAUUAUGAGUGGUAUAAACAACAGUUACAAAUGCAUUUUAAAGACAAAGAUGUUGAUAGCUUGAAACAAGAACUUUAUGGAUUUGUAUCUCAGCGGACUUAUGAUAUUAUCGCUAACAAAACGGACGUAAAUGAAAUUAUUGAAGAGAGCUUGAAGGCACUGGUUAUGGAAACAGCUUGUAUUGGAACUGACAGCAGCCGACUGCAUGUAUGCUUUCUGAGUGGUGCCAUUGGAAUGGUAAUAAAGGAAUUUUUCGAGCUAGAAACGCUUUACGGAAAACUAAUAGAAGAUCUCCUAUCAGCAGCUUUAGUCAGUGAAGGUAUUCUUGAAAAAAAUCGGCAAGUGUUGCACAUAUUUUGGGUGGACGUAAAUGAAGAAGGAAAAACGAUGAACCACAUUGUUCCUCUGCUAAGAAAAAGUGACCAUGACAUGUUGCCAGAAAACAUUUAAACUGAUGUCAGCUACUACAAACAACCAUUUCCUGCAAGUUAAAACGAGGAUGAGUCUAAAAGUCGUUUGUGGAAAGGUUACAGGUCGGAAAUAAAGAAAGUACUUGUGUGAGUUGAUUAAAUGGAAAUGAUUGUAAUUAUUCUCAAGUGAAAAUGAUCUGUGAUAUUCUUUUCAUUUUUGUUUCUUUCAUUUCUAUUUGUUUAUACUGCGCUGCUUAGUUAUGGCUGUUUCCAGCAAUCACUAACAUAUCGUAGGCCCAGCGAAAUUUGAAUUUCGAGACUUGAUUUCGAUUUCAGGUCGUUUCCUAGAUUGAACCCAAAUCUUCUUUUACAUGUUGUUUUAUUUUAUAACAAUUGAUCUUUCAUUCAAGGUCCGAAUGAUAUCUCUGUACAUAUUUGGGUUUUGGUGAAAGUUGUUUUUACCAGUUUUUUGGGCGUUACUGCCUGUCUCUUGAUAUAAGAUUAUUAUGAAUAACCAAAAUUAUUUAAAAAAAAAAAAAAAAAAACCAUGGCGGCCCCCUCUUGACAAACAAAACAUCCAAUGGAAAACUGCGGUGGUCAUGUACUGCCUACACUCUACUUUUUAUUAUUAAACUAUAAUAUAAUGGUAAUUAAAAUGCAUUUAAUUAGAUAAAAAUCAAUACUUAUUUAUAGUUUAUUAUUUAGGUCCAUUUGUAUUUAUACUAGUCUGCUAUUGUAUAAAUUUUAAUUUGGCUUAAGCUCGGUUUUAUACUAUUUAACACGCUAAGUAGGUCAAAUCGGAAAAAUCAUACGUUUGAAAUUCCUUUUGAUAGAAAUGGAUGUAUUUAUACGUGUUACCAUAUAUUUCAUAAACAUGCAGUUUUUUCUAUUACAUAAUAUUAUUCUUUUCUUAUUAUUGUGGCAUUCACCACUGUUUUAUACGUCAGUCCAGAUUUCACAACGAUCGAAUAACUUGUAAUAUGUUUAUGUUAAUUUGCUCAAAACAUUUUACUGGUUAGUAGUGUAAGGAUUUUUUGUCUGCAAGAUAUCUAAAGACUGUUUAGUUAAAUAGUUUGACCAAGUUUAAAAAGUACAAUCAUUGUAUAUUACCAUAAACAAAUGUAUCAAAAAGUUUCUGCUGAAUGACAGUUAUUUUAUGCCAAGAUAUGCUUUAUUCGUUCAUAACAAUUGAGGGGUGGUCUUAUGAUAAAUACAUUUUAUAUACUAGUCAUAAACACAUCAUUUUAUAUGUAAGAAACAUGUGUAUUAAAUUAACAUGGAACGAAAUUUAUGGUAAAAAUUUACGUCGUCACGCUUUCUUUUUGUGGCUAUUAGAAUAAGUUCUGUGUGUGUAUAUAGCAAUAAUUUUUGUUGAUUUAAAGAUGUUGUAUGUGUUAAUCUAAUCUUUACAAAUAUGAAAAUGAUACCACUGUAAUUUUAUGACCUUUUAUUUACAUAAAGAGAUAUUUAAAAAAAGUAUCUUUAAUUGAAUAUUAAUAUAUUUACGUAAUUUGAAAUUUGAAACCGAUUGAUUUAUUCCGGUAAGCUGUAGGUAAAAGUUUUUAACGAUGAAAUAAUGUAAUAAAUCCAAUGUAUAUGGCUUUUAGAUGAAGUAUAUACACACUGUGAUAAGGUGUUGCGAAUUUCGUCAGUAUUUCAGAAACGGCAUUUGAACCAGGCAAAGAGCCUUCUUAAGUCGUUUACAUUUGUUUUCAUAUUCAUGUGGCAUAUCAGAAAUUGUAAAUAUUGUUUGAUGAUUGAUGUUUGAAUUUUGUGACAAAAUGCUAUGUGUGAAUUAAACAUUUUCCUCAUUUUAUUAUAUACUAAAGUGCUAUGUGUGAAUUAAACAUUUUGCCUAAUUUUAUUAUAUUCCAUCUUAAUGAUAUAUAUCAAAGUAUACGGUCUACAAAAGGCCGUUUUGGCCCAUAUAUAUUUUUUUUAUAAAAUGUACAAUGUUCAUAGUGCUGUCACACAUAGCUAGACCUAAACCAGGUUACAAAGUCUUACCUCAUUUUGACGAAAACUCUUAUUGACACGUCACGGCUGAGAUAUUUUAGCAUUGUUGCAAUGCAUAAUUGGUAUUAACAUUGUGUUUCCAAUACAUGUGCUCAUUAGAUAAAUCCUCAAUAUCUAUGUUUAAAAAAUGGAUGUGUUAUGUAUGAUUGCCACCCUGUGAGUUACUCUAGAUAAUAGGAGAGAUCGUGUUUGUAUACAAAUCCGUUGUACAUUCUAUUUUUAGAACUGAUCAGAUAAAGAUCGGGUGGGCAGACGCCGAGCGUCUAUGUUUUUUUGUUAACAGUUAUGUUUUUCUAACGGCUUAAACUUUCUUAAAACACAAAUGAUAUCAGUAAUUUUUUGAUCAACGGAAAGGAUAUAAAACGAGCAAUUUAUUGAUAACUUUUAAUUAUUAUUUCGAAAUAAAAUGGAUUAAUUAUGAACGCUUAACUUACAGUGUUUUUUCUAAAAGUUUGGAGCAUCGCUACGCCGCUAUUAAAAUCGUGUGUCACUUAAAACGAUUAUUCAUUUUCAAAAUAUAUUUUAAUAAGAAAAUAUGAAAAUCGUAUGCAUUUCAAAACUUUUUGAAUUUUAAAAAUCCAUAAAUAAACGAAAAGGUUAUUAAAAAUUAAAAAUUCCGAUCCCAUACACAAACGAUGUAAAAGUAUUUUGUUUUGCCCACCACCAGAUAAACAGGUGUUGAUACGUGACGUCAGGGCGAUCUCUCCUAUUAGUUACAAAUGACUGAAACAAUGGGAAUUCUUACGUGAUUUGGAUAGACAAAACGACAGUAAGUUAACAUUAUAUUCUUUUAUUGCUUUAAUUUAUGAGUUGUAAGUUACAAUAUAGAAGAGCCAUUUUUAGAAAAUCAAACUAGAAGGUGGAAAUAACAGCAAACUUUUGAUCAGGUCAUGAGUCAUCAUACACCUGACAAAAUUUGUCAUUACUUUUCACGAUCUGUCAAAAUUCUUUAAUCUCUCAAUUCUGCAUAUGCAUUGUUUUUGUAAGUAUCUUGGUGGGACAUUGUAGUGGGUAACUUUUUUACAUUCUAAAUCAAUAUUUGUCUUUGAAAUUGCUUUGUUGAGCUUUCUGAAGUCACGUAAGAAUUUCUUUUGUUUUAAUUUAUUGUCUGUAAUAAAGAUACCAAACCUCGAUAUUGAGAUAUAAGAAGUGUUCCUUUCUGGUGGGGAAAGGAAACUAUUUGGUUGGGAAAGAACUGAAUAUUCAUUGGGUUUUUUUUGACAUUCACCAGAAAUUCAAAACGCAAUACCACCUUAAAACUGACAAGGGAUGACGAGAAAAUCUCAUAUAGAUUUAUUUAAAGCGAUAAAAUAGCAAUCCAUCAGAUAUGAUACAAUUACUUUCUGGAAAUAUUUUAAGCAUUAACUUUAUUUUAUCGAGAACAACCCGCAUCAAGUAAACGUACCGGGUGAUAUAUGAAAGUAUACCGGGUCAGCAAAUUACAAAUAUGUUAACUAAGACUGAUAAAAACCUUUGUACUUUUAGCUCACCUGAGCCAAAGGCUCAUGGUGAGCUUUUGUGACCGCUCAGUGUCCGUCGUCCGUCGUGUGACGUGUGUCGUGUGUCCGUCAACAUUUUCUAAAAAAAUCUUCUUCUUGAAAACCACUGGGCAGAAUUAAACUAAACUUCACAGAAAUGAUUCUUGGGUGGCCCCUUUUCAAAAUUGUUCAAAGAAUUGAAUUCCAUGCAGAACUCUGGUUGCCAUGGCAACCGAAAGGAAAAACUUAAAAAAAAUUCUUGUCCAAAACCACAGGGCCUAGGGCUUUGAUAUCUGGUGUGUAGCAUCAUCUAGUGGUCUUCUACCAAAAUUGUUCAAAUUAUCCCCUAGGGUCAGAUAUGGCCCUGCCCCGGGGGUCACAUGGUUUAUAUAGACUUAUAUAGGGAAAACUUUGAAAAUCGUGUACAAAACCACACGGCCUAGGGCUUUGAUAUUUGGUAUGAAGGAUCAUCUAGUGGUCCUUUACAAAGUUUUUUUUCAAAUUAUCCCCAUAGGAUCAAAUAUGGCCCCUCCCCGGGGGUACCAAGUUUUACAUGUACUUAUAUAGGAAAAAAGUUUUAAAAUCUUCUUGUCUGAAAACACAACACUUAGACCUAUGAUAUUUGGUUUGUAGCAUUGUCUUAUAGUCCUCAAUCAAAAUUGUUCAAAUUGUACCCCUGGGGUGAAAAGAGGCCAAAGUUUUAUAUAGACUUAUAUAAGAAAAAACCUUUACAAAUCUUCUUGUCUGAAACCAUACAACCUAUGCUUUGAUAUUUAGUAUGAUGCAUUGUCUAGUAGUCCUCUACCAAAAUUGUUCAAAUUAUGCCCCUGGGGUUAAAAGAGGCCCCGCCCUGGGGUCACUUAGUUAUUAUGUGAGUUAUGUAGGAAAAAGUACUUAAAAAAUCAUUUGAUCCUAUUUCAAAGAUUGAUUAAUUAUAAUUACCUGAUGACCCCAAGUAAUAUGAUGUCACUUGACUGUGACCUUGACCUACUGGCCUACUUUCUUGUUUUUUUAAGAUACAGCCUUGAAAUUUUGAUGACAUACACAGUUUUGCACACCAAUCGUAAAACUGAAUUUCAUUGACCAUGAAUGUGACCUACUGACAUUCUUAAUAUUUUACCGUCAGUUUGACAUUUGAAACAUGUAGCUCAUAUUACUCAGGUGAGCGAUCCAGGGUCAACAUGACCCUCUUGUUCAUUUAGGCUGUUGUCUCAUUUCACUCAUUUUAUUUUUAUUCACUUCUUGAUUUUUUGAGCACGAUUUAUAAACCGAAAGUACUUUGCUUAUACAUCUUAGAUUGUUAAGCAAUAAAUAAACUGGAUUAUUUAA